AAGAAGUUUUUACACGCAGGUCUGAAUGCACACUCCUUAUUUGCUCCCUCUUAUUGUGAGAGGCAAAGUUUGCAGGGGAUGCUGGUCUGAAUUGAUACUGAGUCUCUGAUCGCAGGUAUCGCGGCUGGAGGAGGGAGCAGAGAGCAGAGUUAGUGUCCGGGGCUGUUGUUCUGUUGUAGGGCUAGAAAACCUUUGUUUAAAUUGAUUUCCUGUGAACACCACUUAAGUCAGCGCUGGUGGAAGUAUGUGCGUGGUGUGAGAGCCCUGCAAUUUUUUUUUCUUCUUUGUGAUUUCCUCCAUCAGCAGCAUCGCUCGCCUCAGUGCGCCUCACUCACCCACAGUCGUCUCCUCUCUGUCGGAUCAUGUGGAUUAUUUUGGCGUUUAUUCUGGCAGCGGCCGGUCCUGAUGGCAGCUGUUGGGGAUGUCAGCUGCCCCACGACUGGAGACCGCAGACUGAAGCGUGCCGUGCCGAGCUGGCGCAGAUCAUAGUCUUUGCCAAGGUGUUGGCCCUGCACGAGGAGUCUUACAGCGUGUAUAACUACCUGCAGUGGGAGCCCGGCGCCAACCUGUUCUUCUCCGCCGAGAUCGAGCUGCUGUGCGAUCAGGCGUGGGGCAGCAUGCUGGAGGUCCCCGCCGGCUCCAGGUUUAAUGUCACUGGCCUGGGCUACUUCCCCUGCUUCUCCUACAGUGUCACCAAAAACAACAACUACUACUUCUUUCUAAGGAUGGAUGAGAACUACAAUCUCGUCCCUCAUGGAGUGAACUUUCAGGACCCCAUCUUCCCGGACACUGCAGAGAUCCACCGCAUGUUCGCCAGCCUUUUCCAGUUUUCCAACUGCACGCCUGGCACUCAGGUCCACAGCUACUCGCCAGAGUGGGAGGCUCAGGAGGACAGCCGGUUGUUGUGCUCCGCAGUGCAGAAGGCUCUGUUUGAGGAGGAGGAGAGGGUCAGGACUCUCUCCCAGCAGGUGCGUUCCCUGGAGAAAGCCAACGACCACCUGAGGGAAAAGGUGAAGACCAUAAAACGUCAGCUACGCCAGGCCCAACGAGAAACUACCAAGGAGCAACAGACACUGAGCCUCAAACAGCUCUACGAGUCGAAGACACCUCGAACUCACCCCGAUCAGGACACUACCAGGGACCAGAGGAACGCGCCGCUUAAAAAGGUCCUCUCCAAGAGGCUAAAAAAAUAGUUUUUUAGAGUGUUUUCUUUAGUUGUGUGUAAACCAAAUGUUUGCUCCCUAUGAAACAUCAAGAACAGAGCAAACCGAAAGGAUUGUGUGUGAAAAGCUGGGGGAAGAGACAGCAACAGCAGCAUCUUUUGACAGAAGCGAUCAAUUUAGAGCAAAAGAAUGGACUUUAAAUGUAACUUCAUUUUGUUCUCUGUCUUACACUUAAUUAAAGGGGCUAUUUGUAGUUUUCAGGGGCCACGAGCGGUGCGGUUUUUAAACUGCAACUAGGUGUGUGCUGGUGUGCACGCUCAAACUCAUGAGCAAGCAGAAUCCGAUACACACAGACUGACACAUUGGAAGACAGCUUCACACACCAUGCUGGAAACUCAAGUAAACUCCCACUUCAACGUUACAGUAAUAUUUUAUCGGCUUGACGUUGAUCUAAUCCAUGCACGUUAGCUCUAUUGCCAAUAACUAUUUGUGUGUCUUUCACCGAAGGCUCAGCAGUGUGAUCACAGCUAAAUAUAUUGGAUAACGAAAACUGUUAGUGAGCUAGACUGAAUACUAUAAAUGAGAUUGUUGCCACACAUUAUAUUCGGUUGACCGCAGUAACUUUACUGUAUUGAAUGGGUCUUCCACUCUGUUAUUGUCCUGCACUUUUAUGUUGCAUUAUUUUAUAUUACGUGGGUCACGUAGGUCACAGUGACAGAGACAGGUGAAGAAGCUGUGUACCUAAGUAUCUGUAAAAUGACAAUAAAUCUAAAUUGAAUGUUAUGAAGCAAACAUCAGCAGAUCCGUGCUAACGUUAGCUGGCUGCCCCUGCCUUGCAUCACUGUAGGCUAGCAUAAACAAAUCGCUCCACAUUUGCUUUGUACCGUUACAUCCUUUCUUGCAGGUUGGUGGUGCAUAGGAUAGUAAUAUGUUUCGCGUUAGUUGGUGAAGUAAGUUAUUUGGUACUGGUUAACAUUAGAAACUGCUCUGCGUUAGCUGGCAAGAUAUCAUUAUAUAACUUCAGCCAACUAAAGCACAAAAUCAAAAUAUGUUUCACAUGCUUUGCAGUAAUGUUAGUUUAUCUAUCCAAUAGGAUGAAAGCCAACUCUGGGUCGGUUUGUCUGAUCCAAACAAAGUUGAGGUCUCCCGGUGACUCAAGCUUUUCAUAUGUUGACUGUGUUUUCACCCGACGUCAAUCUGAUUCUCGUUUGGCCUGACGUGCUUCAGCACAUAAAACUGUUUUGAUGAUUUUUUAUCCUUACGUGAAGUUUGUGUUGGAGUCUGUGUCUCCGUGCCAUUGAGACUGUCAACUACAAAGACACCAUUCAUGCCUAUUUACAUCCUUAUCCGUAUACUUCUAGAAACCGAGUGUGUAUAGGGAGGGGAGGGCUUUCACUUGACCUAUUUUGUGUCCCUGGAUGAACUAAAGUGGCGGAUUAGCUGCCUCUGGGAUAAAGGAUUUAAAUGGUUUCACAGGAGUAGAUUCUCCUUACCUCUUAUUUUACCAGUAUAAUCACUCUCUCAGAACAAUUGUCGCCGUUGCCUGUCUCAACCCCCACUUUUAAUCUUUGUCUGGCAGCAUAAAACAUUUCACAAACAUUGAACAGUGCACAACAAUAUGUGGACAAUGGUGAAGCAUUGAAAAUUGAAUAUCUUGCUUUUUUCUGUGCUGGACACAUUAUGCUUUGUAUAAAUAUUAUAAUUAAUUAUGUCAUCAAAAUGCUCCAAACCAAGCCCACAUUUGGACAAGGAAAUAUGAACAUGACACAAAUGACCAGUUAUUAAUACAAUGAGUGCAAUAAAGUAUGCAGUAUACAAGUUGUGAGCAUUCAAAAUCUUGUGUGGAAACACACAAAGCUCCAUUUGAGCUUAUCGUUACAGAGGAUCAGCUGUGCCAAAGUUUAAAAGAUGCAAGACCUCACGUUAUGUCACAUCACUCUUUUCUACCUUUGCCUGCUUUUCAUUUAGUUGUUUGUAUUUAUACCCAAGAAGCGAUCCCAAAGUGUAGUGAUUCUUUAAAUUAAGUGAAUUGUUUCCCAAGAUCGCAUUUUUUCAAGUUGUUCUGAACGAAAGUGUAAAUUUUGUAUUUGAAGACAGGGUGCUGAGCAUUCAUGAAGACCAGCCAGGGAGCCUGGCGUGGUACAGGAUUGGCCUUUUCUGUGUCAGAAAUUAAAGUUUACUUUCUGUAUUUGCUUUACUUAUUGUUUUUUUUCUCUGAACUAUAAACAUCUGGUUUGCUUUGCCAAUAGCAUAAUCAUUUGUGUAACAAUUAUUGUUUGUU